GCACGCCACACUCGCUCGUUGGUUCGAUCGAUUGUUCUCGCUCGUUAGAAACAUUUUCCCGGGACUCACCAACUGAGUUUUUCCUCAGCCCCAGGCAUGGAAUGGAAAAAUAUCGAAAAAAGAUUUUUACCACAUUGGUUGUAAUUUCAAGAGCUUAUCAAGCAAAGAGCAUUGAAAAGUUGGUGAAAAGCGACGGUGAUUAAUCAAACAAAAAAUUAAUAAUACGAAAAAUUGGAGACGGGAAAUACAAUCAAAAUUUUUGUGAAAAAAUUAAAAACGGAAAAUACCAGCAAAGAUUUUGUAACCGAAAAAUUGUGGAUAUUUUGGUUGCAAUUUAAGAAGUUUUGGAAAUUAUAAAAACAAAGUGUUCUAUAAAAAAAUUAACUACAACAAUUAAAAAAAACUUCAACAAGUGUUUUAAAUUAAGCAUUACAAUCAAAAAAAGCAAUAAAAGGCUUAACUUGUUUAAAUCUAUAGGAAAUUGUUGUGAAAUUUUUCAGUAACCGGGUUUCUGUAAAAAAACUAUCCGGUUAAGUGCAUUACUCUGCCAUUAAACCCCCUGUUUGGUGCUAGCAAACAUGAUGGACGUAACCAGCAUGUACGGCAAUCAUCAUCCUCAUCACUCCAACACUUAUCAUGCGGCUGGUACCGUAGCUCCCGAUAUGACUUCUGUGGCUGCAGCAGCCGCAGCCAAUGGCUAUGCUAAUGCAUAUUUUCCCAAUACCACGGUUAUGGCUCAUGGUGCCCUGCAUCAUCAGCAGGGUCAUCAUUUGAACAGUGGCUAUAUGGCCUAUGAUGGGGCUUCCCCUAAUUAUUAUCAGCAGCAACAACAACAACAACAACCAACCCCUCCCCAACAGCUACAACAGCAACAUCAACUAUCACAACACCCCCAGCAGCAACAACAGCAAGGCCACUCUCAACAGCUAACACCACCGCCCAGUCAACCUUCAUCAGCGGGCCAUAGUCAGGCGGCCCUCUAUUCCCAUUCACAUUCCCAUUUGUUUAGUCCCACGGCAGCGGAAUAUGGUAUAACCACCUCCAAUCCUUUGGCCGGAGCCACCCCCACACAUCCCUCCACUGCCAGCCAUUCACCUGCGGAAGCGGUCUACUAUGACAGUGAGUCGGUGCAUGCCUAUUAUGCAACGGCUGCGGUGGCCACAGUUCCACCGACAACCACAAAUUCCCCCAUAACGGGGGCCAAUGCCACGGGCCAGCCUACACAAAAUGUACCACUUGAUCCGCCCAUUAUAAGCUCGGAAAAUGGCCUGAGCUAUACAAAUCUGGACUGCCUAUACAAUCAAAAUUCUCCCCAGCAACUUGGAGGGGGAGGUAAUCAAGCCAACUAUAUGGUGCAUGAAGAGAAAUAUGCCACCGUGCUGCAUUCCCAAUACCCCAAUAUGGAUGAAGGACUAAUGCAUUUGGCGGGCAGCAAUGCCAACCAACAAUCAUCCCAGACCCAUCAACAACAUUCGCCUCAACUUUGGCAUCACCAUCAGCACAUGACCAGCACUUAUGGCCAUUUGGAUGCCAAUGGUUUACCCAUGGACUCCUACAAUAUGCACCCCCACCUGCAUGCCCACAAUAUGACGCCACAACACUUAACGGCAGGGGGGCAAUUGAGUGGCGCUCAAGCCGCUUUAAUGCAACACCACUCUCCCAAUGGCCCCAGUGUAGGGGUGCCUGCAAAUUGUGGACCCAAUUCUAAUGCACGUGCACAACAUGUGAUCUCACCGGGGGGAACCACCACCAACUCAAGCACAUCGUCGGGUUCCUCUUCAUCGGCCAGUAAUUCGGCUUCAUCCAACAAUGCAGCGGGGAGCCAGGGCCAAGCCAAAUCUCCAAGUCAAGGAAACAAUUUGCCCACCUACAAAUGGAUGCAGUUGAAACGAAAUGUACCCAAGCCCCAAGUUGACGUACCUAAUAAAAUAACAAAGUUUCAUAUACCACCCAAACUACCUGCCACUUUGCAUGAUUAUCACCACAUGAAUGGUCAGACAGCGCUGGAUGCAAUGUGCCGCAAUACCGCUGCUGGCAGUGGUGGAGCCUCUGCCCCCGCUGGCAUUGUAUUGGCAUCCCAUCAGAUGGGCGGACAAACGUCACCAGCAGUGCUGUUAAGCGGCAAUCAUAGCCCCAAUAGUUUGGGUAUGGCUUGCACUUUGGCUGCCACUAAUAAUUCGGGCCGUACAAAUUUCACCAACAAACAAUUGACGGAAUUGGAAAAGGAGUUUCAUUUUAAUCGCUAUUUGACAAGAGCCAGGCGGAUAGAAAUUGCCAACACUUUGCAAUUGAAUGAAACGCAGGUUAAAAUCUGGUUCCAAAAUCGUCGCAUGAAACAAAAGAAGCGUGUCAAAGAGGGUCUGAUACCAGCCGAUAUGUUGGCCCAACAUACAGUGUCAACGACAACAACAUCACCACCUGCUAACAACUCCAGUAACUCGGCUUGUUCUACACCAAAUAGCAUUAACAACCCGAUAAAAAAUAAUGCUAACAACAGUAACGCCAAUGUAGCGAGUAAAUGUUCUACGACCAAUGUUAAUAACAUGAAAGUGAACAACUCUGCCGCGGCAAAUGUUACAACCAUGGCCGAAUGCCAGCUUUCAAUGCAGCACAACAGUGAUAAUAGCAGAGAGUCGCUUUAAGUGAGCACAGGUGGAAAUGGGAAAGCUCUUACAUGCCAUAUUUGCCAAAUGACAAAUCGUUAAAACAAAAUCAUUUUUGACAUAAUUAAAAAGGAAAAAAAUAUGAUUAGACUUUUCUUUUGCUCAUUUGGCUGUGAUAUACAAAUAACAACAAAAAUAAAAACAACACAAAAAUCUUAAAAUUAAUUCUAACAAAAUCAAAUUGAAAAUAUCAAAUUUUGUAUAUAUAAAUAAUAUUUUAGCAACUGUAGGUAAUUUAAACUAUUCUAAUAUGUAUUGAAAUA